AUGAAUCGCAAUGGUGUUGGACGCGGUCGUCGUCUUCGUGAGCGGGUGGAGGCGUUGCGAGCCAUUGGGGCCACCCCGUCUCCCGCUCGGGAGCCGUUGAAUGCGGAAGAAUUUGAUGAGUUGUUCGAUGAGGUACUUCGUAGCGGAAGUACGGUCGAGAGAAGCCGAAGUCCUUUUCAGCCAGUGGAGGAGGUGGUGGAGGCGUUGGAGGAGGUCAUUGAGUCGGUGCCGAGUCAAUCCCCGGAGUCGUUGCCUCCAUUAGUGCAGUCUCAGUGGGAGAAUUGGUCUGGCCGUCCGGCGCCGGAUGGAAGCGAGGAUCCUCAAGUUCCUCCCGAGAAUCUAGCGGAGUUCGAAAGUUGGUUAGCGGUGGUGGAGUUGCAGACGUUGGUGGGCAGUGAAGCGGCCGAGGCUCGGCCAGUAGUUGUCCCUAUUAGCCCGGUGGUCGAGAGACGACGUCCACAGGCAGACUGGGACUAUGUGAGCAGCCAGAGUAUGAGCGAAUUAACCCCAGUGGUUAAUAGAAAUGUGAAUUUGCCCCGGCAUGCUCCCCCGCCAGAUCGUAGCCCGUUGCAGGCCGAUAAUGGUCCAGCGUUGUCGGAGAUGUCCUCACCGAGCCGAAGUAGCGACCAUUUCCCCUCCAGCAGCAGUUUUUCCACCCCUUCGGGUUCAUCGAGUUCCCCUAGCGCCCCUCCUUCUUUGAUGUCUUUGCGACCCUUUCCGGUGACUCCGGAGCCUUCUUUGCCGGUGUUGCUCAUGGGUCGUUUGUUUUCGGAUUUGGAACCCAUCCCUACCGAUCCUUCAUUGGAUCCUCCCCCCUGGUGUUUGCCAUAA